AUGGACCUGAGUGGAUGGCACAUUGCGAGCAUAAAGCAGGUCCGGUCCUUCAGCGGCGAGGAUGAAGACACGGACACGGCGCUCAAGUUCGCGUACGGGUCCCUCUCCCUCCCACCCCCGCUCGCCAUCCCCGAUGCGGCCCUCGCCGCCGCCGCCCGCGCCGCGUGGACCGGGCCCCCCGACGACGGCGUCGACCGCAUCAGCAGCCUCCCCGACGGUAUCCUCCGGAACGUCGUCUCCCGCCUCCCCGUCAAGGACGCCGCGCGCACCGGCGCGCUGGCCUCACGCUGGCGCGGCCUCUGGCGCUCGAUGCCCCUCGUCUUCGCUGACGCCAACCUCCUCGACGGAUGCAUAGCGAACCCGCUCUGGCGACCGGGCCUCAAGGACACGCUCGGCGUCACCAACGAGGUGUCCGACAUCCUCGCCGCGCACCCGGGCCCCUUCCGCUGCGUCCAGAUUACCUGCUGCUACUUGGACAUGAACAGGGAAAAGAUCAAGAGCUGGCUGAAGCUGGCUGCCGACAAGGGCGUCCAAGAACUCGCCUUCAUCAACCGCCCAUGGCCGCUCAACCUCCCUCUCCCCGCCACGCUCUUCAGCUGCACCUCGCUCACCCGCCUGCACAUCGGCGCCUGGAAGCUGCCGGACACCGCCAAACUUCCGCACGGCGUCGCCUUUCCCCACCUCCAGGAGCUCUUCCUCAGCUUGAUCACCAUGAAGGAUCGAGACCUUGCCUUCCUGCUCGACAGGAGCCCCGUCCUGGAGGUCCUCACCAUCAUCGCAAGCCAGAGGGAUGUGAGCCUCUGCCUGGUUAGCCACAGUCUGCGGUGCCUGCAGCUGGGCAUGUCUUCCCUGGGACACAUCGCCGUGGCGGAUGCUCCUCGCCUGGAGAGGCUCUUUCUGCUGAGGACACGUCGCAUUGGGGGCAACAAGUCGUCGAGGAUCAAGAUUGGCAACGCACCCAACCUGCGCCUGCUGGGAUACUGGCCCCCGGGACAGCACGAACUACAGAUCGGCAACGCCAUCAUCGAGGCGCGCACUAAGGUGAGCCCAAGUACCAUCAUCCCGAGUGUCCAGAUCUUGGCUUUGCAGGUGCAUUUCGAGGUCCGCAAUGAAGUCAAGACAGUGCCUUCCAUCCUCAAAUGCUUUCCCAAUGUUGAGACACUCCAUAUCCAAUCAGUGAAAGUUGAUAAGCCUACUGGAAAGGUCAAUCUCAAGUUCUGGCUGGAGGCUUGCCCUGUUGGAUGUGUCAAGCAUGUCAAGAAGUUGGUUAUCCAUGGGUUUAAGGGUUCAAAAAAUGAACAUGCGUUCAUCAAGUUCAUCAUCGGAGAGAGGGCGCAGGCGCUGGAGACGAUGGUGAUUGUGAUGUGCCUUGAAACUUUCUCUUCGACAAAUUGUCUAGAUGCCAAGAUGAAGCCUUUUCUUACUGUGAAAUGUGCCAGUAAAGACAUCAAGAAGAUCACCUCUGUACUUCCAACCUCUCCUAAUCCCUGGAGUUUCCGCAUGGCAACUGAUGUUUCAUGUAGGGACCCUUUUGACCGUGCAAGCGCUGUCUGA